CCUCAGCUCGCCGGUAGAUGUAGACGUGUCCGAGGUCCCGCGCCUUCCCUCCUCCCCUCCCUGCGGGCGCGCAGCCACCAUGGCGUAUUAGAGGCAGCAGUGCCUGCGGCAGCUUUGGCCUUUGCAGCAGCGGCAGCAGCACCAGGCUCUGCAGCGGCAACCCCCAGCGGCUUAAGCCAUGGCGCUUUUCACGGCAUCCAGCAGCAGCGUUGCUGUAACCGACAAAGACACCUUCGAAUCAAGCACAUUCCUCGAUUCCAGCAAAGCCCCGCAUCAUGACCGAGAUGGAGAUGAGCUACCAGAGCAGCGAGGUGUUGGUGGGGGACUUGAUGUCCCCCUUCGACCAGUCGGGUUUGGGGGCUGAAGUCAGUCUGGGCCUUUUAGAUGACUACCUGGAGGUGGCCAAGCACUUCAAACCUCAUGGGUUCUCCGGCGACAAGGCAAAGGCGGGCUCCUCCGAAUGGCUGGCUGUGGAUGGGUUGGUCAAUGCCUCAGAUACCGGCAAGGAGGAUGCCUUCUCUGGGACAGAUUGGAUGUUGGAGAAAAUGGAUCUGAAGGAGUUCGACUUUGAUGCCCUGUUUCGUUUCGAUGACCUGGAAAUGGAAACCAUGCCUGAUGAGCUUUUGGCCACGUUGGAUGACGCGUGUGAUCUCUUUCCCAUAGUCCAAGAGAACAAGGAGCCCCCCCAGACAGUGAACCCAAUUGGCCAUCUCCCAGAAAAUGUAAAAACCGACCAGGUUGCUCCCUUCACCUUCUUACAACCUCUUUCUCUAUCAUCUACUCCAGAUCAUUCCUUUAGCUUAGAUCUAGGCAGUGAAGUGGAUAUAUCUGAAGGAGACAGGAAGUCUGACUCCACUACUUAUAUUACCACGGUCCCCCAGUAUGUAAAAGAGGAAGACUCUCCCUCAGAUAAUGACAGUGGCAUCUGUAUGAGCCCGGAGUCCUACUCGGGCUCUCCCCAACACAGCCCCUCUGUCUCCAGGGGCUCUCCAAAUCGUCUGCAGUCUCCAGGUGUAUCCUGUGUGUCUGUCCGCUCCAAACCCUAUGACCCUCCUGGGGAAACUGCAAGAGUCAGGGUUGAUAAGCUGGAUAAGAAGCUGAAGAAAAUGGAACAAAACAAGACAGCAGCCACUAGGUACCGCCAGAAAAAGAGGGCAGAGCAGGAAGCCCUUGCUGGUGAGUGUAAAGAACUAGAAAAGAAGAAUGAGGCUCUGAAGGAAAAGGCAGAUUCUCUAGCCAAGGAAAUACAGUACCUUAAAGAUCUGAUAGAAGAGGUCCGGAAGGCAAGGGGGAAGAAAAAGGCCCCCCAGUAGGGUAGUCAGGAGUGCUGCAUUGCUUGUACAUAGGGAUCUUGUGCUGAAGCUGUUAAUAAAUUAUUUUGUAGUGAAACUUA